AUUUAGACCGCCAUCUAAACUGUCAAGUUAUAGCACGCGUGACAAUCAUUUUUGUUUUAAAAAGUGAAAUUUUCGUAGAUGCAAGCUAAUAUCUUAAUUUUUCGAAUGUAAUUGUUUAAUUAGUUAUUUAGAAUUCGUUUAAGUGUAAACUAUUUUCGUGUUUUAAGUGUAAAAUUAGUGAAAAAUUACUGACAUUGUUGUGUUUGAAGAAUGAAAAGUUGGAUGAAAACACUUUAAGAAACGUUGAUUAUGGUAAUGCCAGUUAAAGGAAUUUUAACAUAGGAGUUAAUUUUUCUAUAAAUUUUAAAUAGUACGUCUACGAUUACGUAAAUAUUUAAGUUAGCUUGAUCUGACAGCUAUGAAGAUGAAAGUUCAUCGAGAGAGGUUUCAAUCAGGCAGCAGUACUGAUGAAAAUGAAUCUGGUUCUGAACAAGAACAUGAAGUGCUUAUUUCCCAAAACCAUUUGGCCAAUAUGGUUAAUCAUAAUAUUGGUACGCCUGUACGCAAGCGUAGGGGCAACCUACCCAAGCAUUCUGUGAAAAUUUUGAAGAGAUGGCUCUAUGAACAUCGCUACAAUGCUUAUCCAAGUGAUGCUGAGAAACUAACUCUUUCCCAAGAAGCUAAUUUGACUGUGCUGCAAGUUUGCAAUUGGUUUAUAAAUGCCAGAAGAAGAAUUUUACCUGAAAUGAUUCGAAGAGAGGGUCAUGAUCCUCUGCAUUACACCAUAUCAAGAAGAGGAAAAAAACUAAGCAGUGUUAAUGGUAUGGUGGAUCAGCCUACUGUGAAUUGGAAUGGGGACUUGCAAACUAUAAGAGGGAAGAGGAUUAGACUGGACCAUGACUAUGAAGAUAGCAUGACUUUGAUGUAUCGUUCUGAAGAAGACAGUCCCAAUGAAUAUGAAAGUUCUAGUCCUAGUGAAGAAGAGAAAUUUACCCCAUGGCAGACUGUUAUCAGAUAUGGAGUGCAAAAAGAUCCCAGUCAUCCAGCAAAUAGAGGAACCCCUGAUGAAAAAAUCGGCAGCAACGACUAUAGGAAUACUCAUCCGCAAAUGGCCCAUUUACCGCAAUUGCCGCACUCCCUCUCCAAUCCGAAAGUACAAGUGAUGCCUGCGCACCCCGUGAACGACCUGCUGAACGCGGAUCCCCUAGCCGCCGACGGUGAGGACAAAGACAAAUUCAAAUGCCUCUAUUUGCUGGUCGAGACCGCGGUGGCGGUUCGACAGCGCGAAAAAGAACAAGGCGAUACCCAGAUGUAGUUUCAACAUCUAUAAAAGCCAAUGGUGCCUUUAAAAGCUCAAAAAUAAUGGUCGAAUUUGAGGAUUUUCGUAUUACCCUGUAUGAAGAUGAGUGCCAAUUUUUAUUUGUCGUUAUGGAGUUGUAGGAUUUUUUAUUAAGAUUGCAAGUUGUGUUGUUUUCUUAGUUUUCGUAAUUAGUUUUUAUAGUUGUUCUUUUAUAGUUUUGAGUUCCGAUGUAAUUGACACAAAGAGUGAUAUUAAAUCAUGUUGGAAUAA